UCAUGGGGAGAGGAAAGGUACAGUUGAAGAGAAUAGAGAACAAGAUUAACAGGCAAGUGACAUUUUCAAAGAGAAGAGCUGGAUUGUUGAAGAAAGCUCAUGAAAUAUCAGUACUUUGUGAUGCUGAAGUGGCUUUGAUCGUCUUCUCUCACAAAGGGAAGCUCUUUGAAUACUCUUCUGAUUCUAGCAUGGAGAAUAUCCUGGAACGAUAUGAAAGAUAUUCAUAUGCAGAAAGGCGAUUAGUUGCAAAUGAUCUAGAAUCCGAGGGAGAUUGGACUCUGGAAUACACCAAACUCAAGGCCAAGAUUGAGCUGUUGCAAAGAAAUCAUAGGCACUACAUGGGUGAGGACCUUGAUGCAAUGAGCUCGAAAGACCUCCAGAAUUUGGAGCACCAGCUUGACACGGCUCUGAAACAAAUCCGAACUAGAAAGAACCAACUCAUGUACGAGUCAAUCUCUGAGCUGCAGAGAAAGGAAAAAGCAAUUCAACAGCAAAACAGCAUGCUCGCAAAGAAGAUAAAGGAGAAAGAGAAGUUAAUGGCACAACAGGCACAGUGGGAGCAGCAAAAUCAAGGCCCGAGUUCAACUCCAUACCUGAUUCCAGAACCACUCCCUCCUUGCAUCAAUGUCAGUGGCAACUAUGAAGAAGAAACCCAAGAAGCGAGAAGGAAUGAGCUUGAGCUUACUCUAGACUCGCUGUUUCCCUGCCAUCUUGGAUGCUUUACUGCCUGAUCAAAGCGCAAAAUUGGGUGCUAUACUUGCUAGUACUUGUAACUGCAUACGUUGACACCGAUAAAGGCGGAGAAACCAAAAUUUGCACCCAACUUGGAAAUUUCUAAUAUGUUUGACUAUCUGCUGGUGUUAUCUGCGCUAAGUGUAUUUUGUGAACCCGAUCUGGAAACUUUUUCAGCUGUCUCUAAAGCUGUAGUUCUUGAGCAUUUUUAGAAUGAUGGAAAAAUGAC